UGUUACUUGCUUAUAGACAAUUACCAAGGCUGCUAUUGAGGAAUAGGUUGACUACUAUUGCGAGUGGGCGAAUUCUGGCAGCACGAUUGCAUUCUACGCCGACAUGCUACCAGAAAUUCAGAGAUAUGACCGACCCAUUGACAGGCAAGACCGUCACAUUGCACGAUAUCGACCCUUCUCUGGUCAAGAUUACUCCCAAUCCUAAUCCUGGAACUCCCCUACCUAGUGAGAAGCUGUCAUUUGGGAAAACAUUCACGGAUCAUAUGCUUGUUAUCCCAUGGACGAGUACAGAAGGGUGGGCAGCACCGGAGAUAAAGCCUUACGGGCCUCUCUCCCUCGAACCAUCAUCCGUCGUGCUGCAUUACGCUAACGCACUAUUCGAAGGACUCAAGGCCUACCGUUCCGCCAGCGGGCGUAUCACCCUCUUCCGACCCGACAUGAACAUGCGCCGAAUGAACCGCACCGCCGAGCGCAUCGCUCUCCCCACCUUCGACGGGCAAGCGCUCACGGAGCUUAUCGCCUCCCUCGUGCGGAUGGACGAACGCUGGAUCCCCAGCGAACCGGGGCACAGCUUGUACAUCCGUCCUACCCUCAUCGGCACCCAGAACGCACUUGGCGUUGGGCCGAGCACGAGCGCACUCCUCUUCGUCAUCUGCUCCCCUGUUGGACCAUACUACAAGGGCGGAUUCAAACCCAUCGCCCUCCUCGCCACCACCAAGCAUGUCCGAGCCGCACCUGGAGGGAUAGGAUCGUACAAGCUUGCGGCCAAUUACGCACCGGGGAUCAUCCCCCAACUCGAGGCGGCGAUGGAGGGGUAUGCGCAGAACCUGUGGCUUCAGGGCAAGGAGCACUUCCUUACUGAAGUAGGGACGAUGAACCUGUUCGUCGUGCUCAGAGGAGAGGAUGGAGCAACCGAGCUCGUCACUCCCCCGUUGGACGACGUGAUCCUCCCCGGCGUGACGCGUGAUUCAGUGCUCGCCCUCGCCCGUUCGCACGCAUCCACGCCCAUCACCGGACUUCCCCCUUCCAAAGACUUCCGCGUCCUCGAACGCCCGAUCAGCAUGCCCGAGCUCGUACGCGCGUCCAAGGAGUCCCGCUUGCUCGAAGUCUUCGGAGCGGGCACAGCGGCUAUCGUCUGCCCUGUAGAUCGUAUCGGCUAUCUCGGGGAGGACAUACAUGUGCCGGUGGGGGAGAAGGGCAUGGGCCCGAUUUGUGAGAUCAUGCACCGGGAGAUUGUUGGUCGCCAGACGGGAGUGAUCCCCAGUGAUUGGGCAUACGUUGUCAAGGAGUAGAAGGGCUGAUCAUCUUAAUCAUA